AUGUCGACGGCAUCAGGCGCACGAGGCACACCCAAGGCCAAGGGCUACGACACGAUCAAUGCCUCCUCUGGCAUCCCGAGACCCAAGCUCGACUCUCACCCAUCCACCCUCAGCGAUGCCACCCAUGCCACUUCAUACAGCGCCAGCAGAGCGAAGCAGUCGAAGCGAGAUGAGGUAGGUAAACUGGAAAAGGACCUCAGCAAGAAGCGAGGUCCUGCUGGACGCACUGCUCAGCGUCGAAAAGCACCUCCCGGCACCGUCCUUGCACUCAAGCCGAAUCAAGCCCUCCAGAUCAAGCCGACACUGAGCGUUACCGAGGCAGCUCAAUUGAUGGCUGCAAAGAGAGAAGACUGUGUUUUGGUGACCGAUGACGACGAUCGCAUUGCCGGUAUCUUCACAGCAAAGGACUUGGCAUUCAGAGUGGUCGGCGCUGGAUUGAAAGCGAACAAUGUUACUGUUGCAGAGAUCAUGACCAAGAACCCACUCUGUGCUAAGACAGACACCAGCGCGACCGAUGCAUUGGAUCUGAUGGUGCGGAAAGGCUUCAGACAUUUGCCAGUCAUGGAUGAGAACCACGACAUCUCUGGUAUCUUGGACAUCACAAAGUGCUUCUACGAUGCAAUGGAGAAGCUGGAGCGCGCAUAUGCUUCAUCAAAGAAGUUGUACGAUGCUCUCGAGGGUGUCCAGGCCGAGCUUGGCUCAACUCAGCCUCAGCAAAUCAUCCAAUACGUCGAAGCUGUGAGACACCGCAUGUCUGGCCCAACACUAGAGUCAGUCUUGAACGGCCUGCCUCCAACCACCGUCUCGGUCCGCACAAGUGUCAAAGAAGCCGCCCAACUCAUGAAAGAGAACCACACAACCGCAGUGCUGGUUCAAGAUCAGGGCCAGAUCACUGGUAUCUUCACCUCGAAAGACGUCGUUCUCCGUGUCAUUGCUGCAGGUCUUGAUCCAGGCAACUGUAGCGUCAUUCGUGUGAUGACACCUCAUCCAGACUUUGCUCCAAUGGACAUGAGCAUUCAGCAAGCUCUUCGAAAGAUGCAUGAUGGACACUACCUGAACCUUCCAGUUAUGAACAAAGAGAGCGACGAAAUUGUCGGCAUGGUAGACGUCCUCAAACUUACCUACGCCACUCUUGACCAGAUUAACAGCAUGUCGACCAACGAGGGUGAAGGUGCUGGUCCGGCUUGGAGCAAAUUCUGGAUGUCGAUGGACCAUGGCGAUACCGAAUCACUGAUGUCUGGCGAGGGCAGCAGUCACGCACCUCAUACGCCUGAUAGGUUCGCUAUGAUGUCGCCUGACGGUCACCGGCCCGGCAUGAUGGACCGCGGCGACUCUGUCCUCCCAACUGACUCAGCAUCGCACAAUGGCAUCGAUCAUGAUCAGACAUCAGCGCUUGCUGGCGCAAACAUAGAGGAGACGCCCUUCACUUUCAAGUUCAAGGCACCCAGUGGUCGUGUUCAUCGGCUGCACGUCAUAGCUGCACAAGGUCUUGGCGAGUUGAUUGGUGUCAUUGCUGACAAGCUGGGUGCUGAAGCUGAGGGAAUCGGAGGCGUUCCCGCAUUCGAGAAUGGCAAGCUUCAGCACGCUGGCUUCGCAUUGAGCUAUCUCGACAACGAAGGUGAUACCGUCUCCAUCACCACGGACCACGAUCUCCUCGAAGCUAUUAUGCUUGCGCAGUCAGCUCGUAAGGACAAGGUCGACCUCUUCGUGCACGAUCCGGAGAAGCCAGCCAUCCCAGCCACUGUCGACCCACAGCCUACGAUCAUUCCUCCAACCCCACCGGAAAGCUCAGUCAGACGUCGCAAGCCGUACGAGUCUGACGAGGAGGAGGAAGACGAGGCACGCCACAUCCCAGACCGUCGCGGUCGCAAAGCACAACCGGCAAAAGCUCAAGAGCAGGUCAUUCAAGGCGUGCCAAACGAGCUUCUGAUUCCAGGUGCCAUUGUCAUCCUUGGCGCCGUGGUUGUCAUCACAUUUACACUUGGAAGAUCGAGCAGAUUGCUUGCUAAGGCAUAA